UCGUAUGUGCUAUUUAGGUGGGCAGACUUUGGGCAGGAAGGAGACGGGAGAGAGGGUCCCUGGCACGAGCAACCCUUAGCCCUUCGUAGCUGUCUCUCCAGAAUAAAUGAAAUACUUGCACAAUGACCAGUCUUGACCUCUCUCCAAAGUUCUGUUUUCUUGUCUUCGUACUUUGUAAUCCAACCGAUGUGUGGGGAGCUGUGGGGGAAGUGAAGGAAAUCUUGGGUGGUGGUGACCCAGUUGUGGAAGGCGACUUUCUAUGGUUGGUCGGCCUUUUGGACGUAUCGCUUGGGGACGAGGUGAGGAAGCUCGUGUGCGGAGGUUCCAUUCUCAGCCCGUCUCAUGUUCUCACUGCCGGUCGAUGUGUGACUCGUUGGGUGACAGAGAACAAUACUCAUGAAGUUGUCCCACCACGAUCCCUGCGCAUUGUCGCAGGGGACAUUAACCGAAUGGAAGACGAGCCCUUGGAACAAUUCCGACCUGUUCGUCAUGUCAUUCUCCACCCAGGGUUUAGAUUCGAUGCCGGCUACAAGAGUCAAGUGCUUGAAGCAGGGAAAAGAAAGGGGUUCGUUAAUGACUUGGCCAUUUUGGAGGUUGAGCCGCCCUUCAACAUCAGCGCGGACGGUGGGGGCGUAAGUCCUAUCGCUUUGGGAGGAAGCACGUUUUAUUCUACAUUGACGAGCAGCAAUGCGGUUGGUGAGCUUAGUGUGGCAGGUUGGGGAAUUACUGACAAGAGACAGAAUACGAUCCCCACUGGAAUAUCGUUAAAGAAGGUGACGCUCCCAUUCACUCCGGUGAAAGUCGUUCAGGAGAAAAAAGACAAAUCUCAGAAGGCCUCCAAUUUCGGGCUUUCCUUCGACCCAUCCGCCGCCGCGGUGCAGUUCAGUUCCGGUCUUGGAAGCGAUCGGGGGUUGAUGGGGCGUUGCAUGGGGGAUCCUGGCAGUGGGGUUGUCGCUCAUGGACCCCAAGGACCUCUCCUCGUGGGGAUCGUCUCCUUCGGGAUCUGGUGUGACCGCUACCUCCCGACUGGACAGGUCUUCCUCCUCAGCCCCCUACAGCUGGACUGGGUCGAAGGGGUGGUCAACCCCAAGUUCUGGGCAUUUCUUAGUCUUGGAGUCAUCUUCCUGCUCCUCCUACUCAGCGCUGGAGGACUCGUGCUGGUCAGGAGGAGACGGGGUGGGAUCCGCUCUUGGAGAGUGUAGCCAAUUAAGUAUCAAUUAAUACACAUAUCAAACCUUGAUGUCAUCUAAAAUCGACCUUUUUUAACUUUUAGUAAUAAAGGCGUAUCGUCAAAA